AUGGCACAAGACAAUGAAUCGAAGAUCACCGCACGUCCAAUGAGACGACUGGUACUCUGCUGCGAUGGCUCAUGGCAGUCUUCAAGUCAUGGACUCAGGAACGUCGCGUCCAAUGUUGCCAAGUUGAGUCGGUCUAUUGCCGGGUGGACCAUAGAGAACGGUCAGUGCAUCCAGCAGCUUGUCUAUUAUGAUGCGGGCGUCGGCACAGCCACCAGUUCUGUGGAGAGGGAUGGCAACUUCAUUGCUAAAGGUAUCGCGAAAGCCCAGAAAUGUUGGGAGGGUGGAGUGGGGAGAGGUUUGGAGGAGAACGUGUGCGAGGCGUACAAUUUCUUGGUCAACAACUAUUUACCUGGUGAUGAGAUCUACAUCUUCGGCUUUUCCCGGGGCGCAUAUACCGCCCGCGCGCUGGCUGGUCUCGUCUGCAACAUCGGCAUCUGUCUCCCAGACAUGAUGGACGACUGGUGGUUCCGGUACGCCGAGUACAAACUGAAUGCCAAGAACAAGGUCAAAGACGAGGGAGAACAGAAGCAUGCCAAAUGGAGCAACAUGGUCACCUGGAGCCAGACCAAGCCGUACACAGACUACGAGGAGCGGUUCCACAAGGACGUAGAGAUCGAAGUCGUCGGUGUAUUCGACACGGUGGGCGCGCUGGGGGUGCCGACCAACAUCUUCGUCGACGUUGAGGGGUGGAACGAAAAGACCUAUGGCUUCCACGACACCAAGCUGCACAACCAGAUCAAACACGCCUUUCAUGCCCUGGCGCUGGAUGACCGCCGCGCGCCCUUUACCCCGACCCUCUGGAGCCGCCCGCCGGGCGUGACAACCAAACUGUUCCAAUGCUGGUUCCCUGGCUGCCACAUCAACAUCGGCGGCGGCAGUGACGAUACCGAGAAGGGUCACGGCGAUCUGGAAGCUAUGGCUAAUCUCUCCCUUGUCUGGAUGAUUGAUCAGGUGCGCCACCGGACGCCGCUCGCCUUUGAGGACCACGCGCUGGCCCGAUUCUACCACCAGUACACCGGUACCUUGAUCGAUCUGUCGCGUCGAGGCUUCACCAAGGGCAGCACCCAAUACAGCUAUCCGCCCAUCAAGAAGGGCGGGUGGAACAUCUUCGGGCGCAAAGACGUGCCAGAUGAGAAACAUAUCACUGGCUACGGAGGCUGGGGGCUGGGAUACCGGCCCGACAGCUUCUCCCUCACGUAUUACCCUGCCGGUCCCAAGACCCGGACUCCCGGGCAGUACACGAAGGCGAACCAGCAAGGCGACACGAAAGAAUUCAUCCAUCCGGUCGUGCGGUACGCGAGAAGCGAAUCGUACCAGACUGCCAAUACAUCUGGUUCCCCGCUGUACUAUGAUCCCGAGGCCUUGAAGGGCUUCAAUCUGGAGCAGGAUGCGAAAGGGGAAUGGUGCUGGAGGAAGUUCGUCCGGGACGGCGAACAUGAGAGACUGGUCGUCAUCCGGGAGUUCCGGCUGUGGGAUGAUGUUGAUACAGCGGAUAUGUUGUUCAAUGAGAGGGACUACAUGCGUGCCGACUGGCUGGCGCUCCUAGCGCCACUCAAAGGGUUUGACGAGGCUUUCAUCAGUCAGUAUUUGGCAUCGGCCAAGCAGCAGCAGAGCACGACAAACGCCUUCACGGCGCGGGAGCAGAAGCUGUUGGAAGCGCUGACAGCUGUGGCGGCCAGGGAGCAUGCGAGUACAAUGAAGUCGGGUUCCUUGUUCCAUGAGCUGCGGAAAUGCUCGUUUCCAGGGCACGAGGAGCAGAAGCUGCAGCGGUUAAAGGCUGCGGGAGCUCGUGCAAAGUCCUUUCUGGAUGGCGUGGGAACAGAAAGAUACGUUCCACCCGUGAAGGAGCUCAAGUUUCGGUCACGUCAGGAGAUGACGGACUAUUAUCUGGCCAAGAACAAAGUUAUAGUGACGAAGGUUGAAGAUGAGAUUUAA